AGGAGGAAAACCUCUAGAAUAUUACAGCAGUUUCCGUGUGUGUAUUUAAGCGCGUGUGCAGCAGCUGGCGCUCUUCUGAGUUAUCGUGACAUUACAGAAGACAUCGGCAUUACUGCCGCUGACAAUAUUAACACGUGAGAGACGGACACUUAUCAACAGGUGUGUCCGGGCCCGUGGUCAUGCUGUGUUGGGGUAACGUGUCAUACGGGCAGCUGGGUUUAGGUGGGAUAGAUGAGGAGAUUGUUCUGGAGCCCAGGAAAUGUGAGUUCUUCGAGGGCAAAUGCGUGCGAGAUGUGGGAUGUGGCAGACGUCACAGCGUCUUUCUGCUGGAGGACGGGACCGUCUACACGUGUGGCUGUAAUGAUCUGGCCCAGCUGGGACAUGACAAAGCACGCAAGAAGCCAGAGCAGGUGGUGGCUCUGGACACUCAGAACAUUGUGUCCGUGUGUUGUGGUGAGUCUCACACGUUGGCUCUGAAUGAUAAAGGACAAGUGUUUGCGUGGGGUCUGGCCUCAGAUGGGCAGCUGGGACUGGCAAAUACAGAAGAGUGUGUCCGUGUACCCAGAUCGGUCAAGAGUUUAUCGGAGGUGAGCAUUACGCAGCUGACCUGUGGUUACUGGCAUUCUCUUGCUUUAGCCAGAGGAGGUCAGAUCUUCUCCUGGGGUCAGAAUAAAUACGGUCAGCUGGGCUUCGGGACGCAGGGCGUUUCUGUCCCUACUCCACAUGUCAUCCAGUCUUUACAGGGCGUUCCGUUCGCUCAGAUAUCUGCCGGAGGAGCUCACAGCUUUGGACUGACUCUGUCUGGCGCUGUCUUCGGCUGGGGACGAAACAAGUUCGGCCAGCUGGGUCUCAAUGACAACGACGAUCGAUGUUUUCCUGCUUUACUGAAGACUCUCAGAUCUCAGCGAGUGGUUUAUGUUUGCUGUGGAGAAGAUCACACCGCAGCACUCACUAAGGAGGGAGGUGUGUUCACGUUUGGAGCUGGAGGUUACGGUCAGCUGGGACACAACAGCACAAACCACGAGGUGAACCCCAGGAAAGUGUUUGAACUCAUGGGAAAUGUGGUGACGCAGAUAGCUUGUGGAAGGCAGCACACUUUGGCGUUCAUCCCUUCAUCAGGAAAGAUCGACUCCUUCGGUCUGGGAGGAAACGGACAGCUCGGGACGCGCUCCACCUGUAACAGAAUGAGUCCUGCUCCAGUGAAAGGCUGCUGGCGCGCUCACACAGAUCCUGUGCCGAUGGAAAGCCAUGGGGUUUCAGAGGCAGGUGAGAGCUUCUGUGUGAAGAGAAUCUACGCUGGAGGAGAUCAGAGCUUCGCUCACUACGCUUUACUUGAGGACAACAUUCCUCCGCUGGAUCUGAGAGUUUGUAGCCCCAGCGGUCAGAUCUGCACUCUCACCUCUGGUCUCAUUCAGAAGUGGACGAGGAACACGCACGGGAGACUGUCAGCAGAAAUCACAAAUGAGAUUGACCUGGUGUUCUCCUCAGCCAGUUGUCUCAACGGAAGCUUUCUGUCGACGAGUAAUCCAGGUCAUUACAGCACUAACAGCAAGUGCUCGGGUGUGGACAUGAACACGGCUCGUCUGCUCUAUCACAGACUCAUCCAGCAUCAUCACCCUCAUGUCUCACAGAUCAUUGCUGCUAGUUUAGAGAAGAACCUCCUGCCCAGGUUGAGCGGUUCGCCACCAGACGUGGAAGCUUUGAGACUUUACCUCACGCUGCCCGAAUGUCCUCUCCUGAACAACCCCAGCAACUACACAACACUGACCGUUCCCUUUGCCAAGUGUGUCAUCAGUCUGAAAGACGCUCCGCUCCGAGUGCUCGGUAACUGGUGGUCCAGGUUGGAGCAGGUGGUCUUCCAGAGGCUGGUGGAGCUCUAUAAGGAGGUGGCGGUGUAUCUGUUACGCAUGCAGAAGCUGGGCAUCUCUCACAGUGAACAGAGAAUCUUCACCUGCUUUCUGCACACGUCCCUCAAACUGCUGGAGAUCCUGCACUCGGUCAACGAGCACGCUGGCCAAAUCAUCCAGUACGACAAGUUUUAUAUUCACGAGCUGGAUGAGUUGAUUGACAUCAGGAACGAUUACGUCAGCUGGAUUCAGCAGCAUACGUUCUCCGGAGUCGUGGACUCUCAGGUCACCCUGUGCAAAUACCCCUUUGUUUUUGACGCUCCCGCCAAGACCACGCUGCUCCAGACAGACGCUGUGAUCCAGAUGCAGAUGGCCGUUGAUCAGGCGCAGAGGCAGAACUUCACCUCUCACUUUCUGUCGGGCGGAGGGGUGGAGUCGGUCAACCCCUGUCUCAUUCUCAUCGUGCGGCGAGAGAAUGUGGUCGGAGACACCAUGGAGGUGCUGAGGAAGUCCAGAAACGUGGAUUACAAGAAACCUCUCAAGGUGAUUUUUGUGGGUGAAGAGGCUGUAGAUGCCGGCGGUGUGAGGAAAGAAUUCUUUCUGCUCAUGAUGAAAGAGCUCUUGGACCCAAAAUACGGCAUGUUCAGAUACUACGAGGACUCUAGACUCAUCUGGUUCGCUCAUAAGACGUUUGAAGACAUCGAUCUGUUUCAUCUGGUCGGUGUGAUCUGUGGUCUGGCCAUCUAUAAUCUGACUAUAGUGGAACUGAACUUUCCUCUAGCGCUCUAUAAGAAACUGCUGAAGAAAAGUCCAACGCUAGAGGACCUGAAGGAGCUCAUGCCUGACGUGGGAAGGAGUCUUCAGCAGCUGCUGGAUUAUACAGAAGAGGAUUUAGAAGAAAUUUUCUGUCUGAAUUUCACAGUCACAGAGGACAACUUUGGUGCUACAGAAGUAUUAGAGCUGAUACCCAAUGGGAUGGACAUCAGUGUGAACAUGUCCAACAGGCAGGAGUUUGUCUCUGCUUACGUGGAUUAUAUUUUCAACACUUCUGUGGCUCCUCAGUUCACGGCGUUCUACGCUGGAUUUCAUAAAGUGUGUGGAGGGAAAGUUCUGGAGCUUUUUCAGCCCAGUGAACUGCAGGCCAUGGUCAUAGGAAACACAAACUAUGACUGGAAAGAGUUAGAGAAGAGCACUGAGUAUAAGGGGGAGUACUGGGCGGACCACCCCACCAUCAAGAUAUUCUGGGAUGUGUUUCAUGAGCUGCCUUUAGAGGACAAGAAGAAGUUUCUAUUGUUCCUGACGGGCAGCGACCGAAUUCCCAUCCUGGGUAUGAAGAGUUUAGCGCUGGUCAUUCAGCCCACGGGCGGCGGCGGGCAGUAUUUCCCUGUAGCGCACACGUGCUUCAACCUGUUGGACCUUCCCAAGUACACUAGCAAAGAGACACUGAGAGAGAAACUGCUGCAGGCUAUUGAACACAACCAGGGCUUUAAUCUGGUCUGACAGAGGUAUCGCAAUCACUGACAUUCAUCACAUCCCUGUCACAUCUAAAAACUGUCUUUGCUUAUUUACUCGAGGGAUAAAUGACUUGAUAUAAGAAACUAACCCGUGUUUACACUUGUUUUCUUUGGUUAAAGUAGCAUUAAAAAUGUCACGGAUCCAAAGUUUUCGAUGUUCUUCAAAUAAACUUCAAGAAUUCUUGA